AUGGCCUGGGACUCAAAGGCAGCUCGACCGAGGCAAAGCAGUGCCGCCUCGGGGACCAGGAGCAUUGCCAUUCACGCGAAGCAGCAAGCAAAACGUGCCACUCAACCACAAUCUCAGCAUGUCGCCGACCCUUUCCUCCAAGACUUUUUGAGCCCCUCAUUCGAUGCCGCCUCAUAUCUCAACGCCACCCUACCCCCGCUACAGACCUCUUCUCGAACACCCGGGAACCAAGCCUCAAGCCAGGGGGCAGUGCCCCUCGCAGAGCUCUCCAUCCAGACUCAGGCCACCCUAUCACAACUAAACGCCCACACCACCAGGCUGACAAACACCCUAACCGAGUUGACCAACGACAUCCUCAGGAGCGGCGGCCGCCUCGCAUACGAGGUAGAACUGCUGCGCGGCGAGACCCUAGGCCUGUCAGAGACGCUCACCGAGACCCUGGAGGACGACAUUGCCAAGUUCGUACCGGGCGGCCUCCGCACCCUCACCCUCGUCCGGUCUCGCCUCGACGCCGUAAUCAAGACCUUCGGUGAGGCCAUGGAAUUCGUCUUCCCGCCCUCCGAAGUCUUCAGUCAGCUCGUCCUUCCUCUCCGUCUCGGCGCCCGACGCCGGCGGCGCCAACCACUCCACCGAGGAAAAGGGGCAGCAGGUGCUGCGCGGGUUGAGGGACGAGAUUGCGGGCUUAAGGAUCUGGCUGCUGUGUGGAAGGGGACGGCCGAGGAGAAGGGCCGCGCGCGGUUUAUUGAGUCGCUUGCGAAGAUGGUGGAGGAUCGGCAUAGGGAGUUGCUGCGGGAGGUGGAGCUGGCUGGGCGGAGUAGGGCUGGUGCGAAGCCGCAGGUGGAGGUGGGCGGUGGUAGUGGUGGUGGUGCGGCUGGUGUUAGUGGUGCUGGGCAAGCGGCCGAGGCUAAGGGCUACGGCGCGUAUGGGCUGAUCAGCCAGCUGCAGAAGCUGCGGAAUGGGCUUUGA